AUGUCCCUGCUUUUUGCUAUAGAAGAGAUUGCAACUAUGGUAGUUCCAGAUACACCCAUGCUGGCUUCUAAGGAAGUAUUUUUUGGCAAAGGUUAUAUUAAGGAAGAAACAGAACUUACGCUGGUCGAGAGAAAGAGGAGGAGGGCUAGUAAGGAAAGAAAAUUUAAGGUUGAAUUAGUGAAAAUGAUGGCAAAGAAGGCACGAGAGAACACAACAGUAAACCACGAUGAUGGCAAGGAAGAAUAG